AUGAUAAAUAUAUUUUUUGUUUAUAUAUUUUUAUAUUUUUUUGUGUGUAAUAUUAAUGCAAAAUAUUUUUAUCCCCAAAAUGAAAUAUUAAAAGUUACCUCCAAUAAUAUCCAAAGUGUAUUUGAAUUAAAUGAAUAUUGGGUUAUCAAAUUCUAUGCACCUCAGUGUGUACAUUGCAAACGUAUUUGGAAUAAAAUCAUAAAUUUAAGAUAUGAUAUUCAAAAUGAAAAUAAAAAAAAAGUUUAUUUUGGGGAAGUAAAUUGUGAAGAUACAAAUGGACAAUCUAUAUGUGAUAAAUAUAAAGUUUCAAAUGUGCCUCAAUUAAAAUUAUUUAAAGGAAACGAAUUAAUCUCAACUUUUUCAAAUGAUAUAAAUAACGAACCGAUUUUAAAAAAAUGGCUAUAUUAUGCAACGACUCCAAUAUUUCAUGGUAUAUAUUCUGAAGAGGAACUAAACAACUACAAAACAAACAACAGUUUAUUUCUGACCUGUUCAGAAAAUUUAAAUGACAAUUUAAUUAAGGUCGCUAAACUAUAUUUCGAAGAAAACUAUUUUCUCAACAUUAAGAAUCAAGAAUUAUGCACCAAGUUAAAUAUAAAAAAUGACAGUUUAUAUGUUCAGGGUGUACAUGAUAAUUUUAUUUCGAAUAUUAAUAAAAUGAAUUUUGAAGAGUUAAAACAUUUUGUUAAUAAAAAUAGAUUUCCCUUAGUAAGCAAAAUAGAUCACCAUAAUUUUUUUAGCAUAAGAAGUAGCGGAAAUAAUUUGAUAUUACUUUUAAUUGAUUUCCAAAAUGACCCAAAUAAAUAUAUUUCUCAAUUUACACAAUUUGCUAAAAGGUAUAUAAAUUUGAAGGAAUACAUAUUUUCCUAUAUAGACGGAAAAUACUAUGAAGAGAACCUAGAAUUGUAUGGAGUUGAUUCAAAUAAAUUUCCUCAAAUAAUUGUAUUUAGCAAGAACCCUCGUGAAUAUUAUUUUGAGGACUAUUUUGAUAUUGACCAUAUACAAAACAUAAUUGAGGACAUAGAAAACAAAAGAAUAAAACCUAAAGUGGAGGAAUUCACUAAAAUGAAAAUACUCAUGACAAAAAUCAAGAAACAAAUAAAUUAUAUUAUCGAUAAAUCAUUUCGAACAGAUGUAAAAUCUUUUAUAGGAUUUGUAUGUUCACUUAUUAUGAUAAUAUUUACACUGGUUCUCGUAUUUCAUUCAAUUUAUUCUUUUGUGAAUAAAUCAGAAUCACAAUAUAAAAUAGAUGCAAAAAAAAAAAAAAAAUAG